AUGGUGUUAGAUGCAAAUAUUCUACAAGAAAAAUUGAUUGAAGCUUGGAAAUUACGUUCAAAUGAGACUAGUUUUUCAGCUUCACUUGCACCAUUAAUUGCAGAAUGUCGAUCUGAAGAUGAAUUUCGUACAUUAUUUACUAGACAAAUUCUUACACAUAUUGAUUCAGCAAUAUCAUCGAAUCUUCUUCAAUCAUAUUUUAAAUUUCAUGCAAGAUCUAGUUAUGUAAAUGAAUCAUUAAUUAUUGAUCAUCUUCUGUUAUUAACACCAUUAUCAUCAUCAACAACAACAGAUGAUAUUCAAAUAAAAUUUUUACUCGAAUUACUAUUUGAAAUUCUUAAAGCAAUGCAUGUUAGUGCUGAACAAGCACCUCGUCUUGGUAAACAAUUAAAUUUACUUGCUAAAUGGCUUUGUUCAACAUUAUGUAUGUAUUUAAAUGAAUUAAAUAUAAAUGAACAAAUAAAUAUAAAAGAAAAUGAAAUAAUUAUAUUAAUUUCAAAUGUAUUUCUUUUAUUAUUUACAAAUACAACAUAUUAUUGUCUUUGGUUAAUGAUAAUUAAAGCACAAAAAGAACAAAAAGAAUGGAAACAAUUACAAGAACGAUUAGAAUUAGUUUCAAAAAGAAUACCAACUGAAGAAAAUUUUAGACCUGAUGUUUAUGAACAAAUUCUUUUUAAAAUAACUCAUCUUCAUUUAUCCGAAGAAUUCCAUCAAGAAGAUAUUGAAUUUAAUAUGUCAAUAUUCAAUCCAAUUGUUUCAAUGCUUGUUAUCAAUCAACUUCAUAAAUCAUCAUCAAUUCUUCUUUUAAUUCUUCGUUUCUAUGAACAUGUUUCUACAACAUCAAAUCCAUCAUUAAUCUAUCUUCGUCUUCUUCAAGCAUCAUUUGGUGGUUAUCUUUCAUCAAUAUCAACAAAUAAUAGUGAAUAUCAACAACGUUGGUCAGCAUAUAUAAAUUUUCAAUUACCACGUAUAUUAGCAUCAUGUCUUGAAACACAAUUUGAUAUAAUACAACAAUCUAUUGAAACAUUUUUAUUACAUAAUGAAUAUUUACUUAAUCGUAUGGAUGAAUUAUGUUUAGAAAAUGUAUUUGAAAAAAUUUUUCAAACAACAUUAAAUUAUAUUAAAAAUGAUAUUAAAGAAAAAAAUGAAAAUAAAAUUAAUCAAUUAAUGUUUUAUAUACAACAAAGUCGUCUACCAUAUAUUCAACAAAUUCAACGAUAUUAUCAAAAUCAUCAAAUACAGUCUUAUUCAUUUCAAGUUCUUCAAUUGCAACGUUCAUUAGAAAAAUCUUUAUAUAAAAUUUUUUCAACACCAAAUGAUAAUGACAAUCUACAAAAUUUAAUUAAUAAUUUAACUGAUUAUAUUCCAUUAAUAUGUGCACUUGAUCAAUAUUAUUCAUUUAUUCAAUUACUUUUAACAUAUACACAAACACAAUAUGAUCUUGCUUUAUAUUUACUUUGUUAUAUAACAUCAAUAACAGAUGAUACAUCAGAAGAUUUUGGUCAUAUUGAUAUUAAUAAUGAUAAAUCAUCAUCAUCAUUUAUUAUUUAUAUAUGGUUAAAAAAAUAUUGGUUAUCACGUCAUUUAGGUCAUGCUUUAUUUUCUUCAUCACUUUAUUCAAUUGAUUUUCUUUCAACAAUAAAUAAUUCAUUUGAUGAUAUAUCAUUAUUAGAAAAAGAUGAAUUUUUAUUAGAUAUUAAAAAUUUUAAUAAUGAAAAUAUACAAAUAAAAUAUUCGAAUAUUGAAUAUUUAAUAAAAACAAUUUAUUUACUUGGAGAACUUCAAUCAUUAUCAUUAGAUGAAACAAAACAAAUUGUUUUACAAUUAAUUAAUUAUCUAACUCAUGUUUCAUAUGGAUCACUUGUACAUGUACUUCUUUGGCUUAUAGCAAAUUAUCAAAUAGCAAAUGAUGAUGAAAAACCAUGGAUUCAAAAUGUUAUUCAUACAAUGGGUAAAUUAGUUUAA